GAAAAAUGGCGCUGCCCUUACUCAGGAUAUGUAACAGGCCCGUUUCUGUCCUGGUUCGCAAUUUUACAUCGAAGUCAUCUUUAUUGAAUCACUCCAGACGGCUCGCACCAGCGGCGUCUGUUGUGUGUGAUGUCCGUCGCUACAGCUCUGAGCCAGAGAGACGCAAGCGGAACCCAAGGGUUGUGGUGUUUGGGAUACCCAACCCCAUUAUCUGGUUCCGAAACCGCAUCUACUUCUUUCUUAUUCGAGCUUACUUUGACAAAGAGUUUAGCAUCGAGGAGUUCAUGGAAGGAGCCAUACAGGCUUUCUCGCACGUUUCAAGAUUGCUCUCUCAGUGUCAGUUUGAAGCUCUUGAAGGAUUAGUAGCUAAAGAUCUAAUAAAGAAACUCGAGGGAAAAUGCGCUCAUUUGCCUUUGAGCCACCAGAGGGCGCUGUCCGCGGAGCCGGACGAUAUCAUGUACAUGACAGCAGGAGACGUGGGCAUUUACUACGAUGAUAGCGAGAGGAAAUUUGUGAGUAUUUUGAUGCGCUUUUGGUACUUGACUAGUGCCAAAUUUCCUGACGAAAGUGUGGAUGGAGCGAAAGUUUUCCAGGUUGCAAUUGGUGAUGAGAGAGAAAAGCAAACCGAGACCAAGAGACUGCUUACAGCCAAUUAUGAGUUCCAAAGGGAGUUUACUGAAGGUGUGACUCCAGAUUGGAUCAUCACAAGAAUAGAGCACUCAAAACUUAUUGACUAAGCAUAUUUAAUUCUCAGAGAAAUUUUGUAGGUUUUUUUUUUCUUGUAUUUUUUUCAACAUGUCAAAGUACAGGCAUGAUUCUCUAACUCUUGCUGGAAAUAUAAUGCUGGGGUAUUGUCAUCUCUGUAUGUUCUUUAUGGGAAACAGAAGGUUAUAAAUGGUGCUUCAGUGUAUCACGACUUGUUCAUUGCAGAAUAUUAGGUCUUGUCAUUUUUGUAAGUUUCAUUGAUUUAGCUUUUUAACAAGGACUUCUCAAAAUGAUUUUAGAACAUUUUGGGUAAUGCAUAUGGACUUACAGAAUCCACCCAUGAAUGAUAUUUACUGUGUAAUGCAAUAUUUUGCCGUUUUCUUGACCAAUAAAUCAAAAACAGAACUGCAAACUUGA